AUGCUAACUAGAGGAACCCGACAGCUUCUUUCGGCGCAUCUGGCAAAGGCCGACCCGGCCGUGUUUGACAUCAUCGAACGAGAGAAAAACCGACAGAAGCACUUCAUCAACCUCAUCCCGUCCGAGAACUUCACCUCGCAGGCCGUGCUGGAUGCUCUGGGGAGUGUCAUGCAGAACAAGUACUCUGAGGGCUACCCUGGCGCACGGUAUUAUGGUGGUAACGAGUUCAUCGACCAGUCCGAGAGGCUGUGCCAGCAGCGAGCUCUAGAAGCAUUUGGCCUCGAUCCCAAGUCAUGGGGCGUCAAUGUUCAAGGCAGCACCUCCUCUAACGGUGAUUCGUCUUCAGCUCUCUCUGGCGCUCCGGCCAACCUCUAUGUGUACUCGGCGCUUAUGGAUACCCACGACCGACUGAUGGGCCUCGACCUUCCUCACGGUGGACAUCUAUCUCACGGCUACCAGACGCCGACCAAGAAGAUUUCUGCCGUGUCCAAGUACUUUGAGACCCUGCCGUACCAGCUAGAUGAGCGCACCGGCUACAUCGAUUACGACAACCUCGAGAAGAUGGCUUCCAUCUACCGGCCCAAGAUCAUUGUUGCCGGAACGAGUGCCUACAGCCGCCUGAUUGACUACAAGCGCAUCCGCGAGAUUUGCGACAAGGUUAACGCUUACAUGGUGGCAGAUAUGGCGCACAUCUCUGGUCUCGUUGCCGCCAAAGUGCUGCCCGGCCCCUUCCCCUUCGCAGACAUUGUCACCACCACCAGCCACAAGAGUCUCCGCGGGCCUCGCGGAGCGUUGAUCUUCUUCCGCAAGGGUGUGCGCAGGCAGAACCCCAAGACCAAGGAGGAGGAACUGUACAACCUCGAAGGACCCAUCAACAACUCGGUGUUCCCCGGCCAUCAGGGAGGCCCCCACAACCACACCAUCACUGCCCUUGCCGUGGCCCUGAAGCAGACACAAACCCCAGAGUUCCAGGCGUACCAGUCGCAAGUGCUGGCGAAUGCCAAGGCUUUUGCCAAGCGGCUGGGCGAGGAGAAGGGCAAAGGCGGCCUUGGAUACAGCCUCGUCAGUGGCGGCACCGAUAACCACCUGGUGCUUGUCGACCUCAAGCCCCACGGCAUCGACGGCAGCAGAGUAGAGCGCGUCUUGGAGCUCGUCGGCGUCGCCGCCAACAAGAACACCGUGCCGGGCGAUCGAUCGGCUCUUGUGCCCGGUGGUCUUCGCAUGGGUACGCCCGCCAUGACGACUCGCGGGUUCCACGAGGAUGAUUUCGUACGAGUGGCUGAUGUUGUUGACCGCGCCGUCACGAUUGCCACGCGCAUCAACAAGACGGUCAGGGCCGCAGCAGAGGAGCGAGGUGAGAAGUCGCCUGGCAAACUCAAGCUGUUCGUAGAGCACCUUGGCAACGGGGAUGGAGAUCCGGAGAUUGUGCAGCUGAGGAGCGAAGUCGCGGACUGGGUAGGCACGUAUCCUCUCCCUUGGGACUCAACUCAGUAG